AUGCAUUACAUGACUUCAUUUUUACUCAUGUCAGCAAAUACUCACUUGAACGCAACUUACAUACACCACCAUACACUCAAUCACUCAAUCGAAAUUGCCACUGAUAGAAACAAGAACUCUGAUUUCAAUAUCUACGAUUUUGCCGGAGGAGAUGUCAAUGAAAGAGUCGGUGACCAAAAAGAAGUUUUAUUCACGCAAAGAGUGGAUGAAGACAGGUACACAACCGGAGUUUACCCCAACGGAGAAUCUUGUCCCUCAGACACAAGUUGUGAUUCAACUAAAAGGACAGACGUCCUUGAGGUACAAGGAAAGCACAGUAAAAGGGACAUAAUAAUGAGAAGCAAAAAGCCAGAAAAAGUUCAUAGUGGAAUGAAGAUAAAUGCCAAGAAUGUCCUUGCAUCUUGGAAAAACAAGAUCAUGAGUAACAAGCUAAUUCACAAAAAGCCAUUUAAGAAGACAGACAAACCAAAGACAAUUAUGAACUGGGGUGGCUAUCUUGUAGGUAAUGAAAUUGCAAAUUUCACUGAUGACACAGGUUUAGCGGAUUUUGAGUGGACCGAGGAAACCGACGACUUGGAUGAAGACUUUGAUUACUCAACUGACGAGAGGGAGCCACUUAACGUAACCAGCCCGAUUGUGUUACCACUACACAAAGUGAUCAGUCUGUCACUUCCCACCCCAGUUGUAAUCACAAAGCUCUUAACAAUAACGGAAUUAGUAACUUUGUCAAAAGAUACUGUUGAUGUCAAGAAGGUACCAGAAACCAACACAGUCACGUCAGAAAGUGAUACUGUUGGCUCUUCAGACUCAAUACAAGUGGAUUCAAUGUUGGACGAUGAUCUAGGCAUCUUGCUGCUGGCAAUCGGCACGAACUUUGUGAAUAAAAGUGAUGAUAUCGCAGUUGAUACUGAGAAUGACAACAUUGUCUUUGAUACUGAAUAUGACGAAGUUUUUAGCGUGACAGGACCGCAUACACGAUUGAUGACAGACUAUACUAACCCGGUAUUUACUACCAGAGCGGGGCUGACAUAUUCAACAGCCGCAGACAUGUUGGAAAGUGUUGAUGCAAUAACUAUGGGUACCUCCAAAAUCUAUAUGUCAGAUAACCAACGCAAUCCAGGAGACUAUUUCAUCAACGAUAUUAACCCAAACACUAGAUCACAACACGAGAUUGAUGCGACUGAAUUGAUUGAAUAUGAGGAUGGCCAUUUUAUUUUAGGCAGGAGGCCAGCGACGAGUGAUACCACAAUUCUGACAUUUAAAACAACGACAUUAGCUUUUUUAACUACACAGACUUUUUCAGUGACGGAAAAUUUUGAUUCAAAGUCGCCUUCUCCGUUGGAAACAGGGAUUUUCAGCAUACUACCGAUAAAAGGGACUACGAUAAUUAUACGUCCAACUUCAUUCCCCAAGUUUCGAAGCCAUCUGACAAGUUUCCUGACAAUUAGCAAUACCACUGCAUCUUCAUUGACACUUGAACUCUCAAAAUUCAACGAAACUGGAAGCCCAGACACAACAUCAAGCCAGUCCACAAACUUUGAAUACCGCGAUACCACAAUCAACAAGCAGGUUUCCGUAUUGGCAUCGAAUAAUGAUGAAACUGUGUCAUCUCGUGUGGCUCCUCGUGGCGUGUUUUCAUUCACGGGGGUAAUUCUACCAAGAAAAGAAUUCGUGCUAAACUCUCUUUCUUCUGUUACGGGAAAGACGAUGUGUCUACCUUAUUGUGUCCUUCUUUUGUUAAUACUUGUAGUAAGUUUGUGA